UACUUCCACUCUCAUGGAGACUCAACUCCGAACCACUCUCCCAUGCGCGUUCACGGCACUCGCCCUGUUUCUCGUAUUUCUCAUCACCCCAUGCAACGCCUUAAAUGAAACGGUUCUGGUGAGCGAAGCCGCGAGCGGGGAAGGCAAAUGGCAACUCCUCCUGGAAAACACCGGAGUUGUGGCCAUGCACAUGGCGCUCACUCACCGGAACACCGUCGUGUUCUUCGACCAGCGGGGCUCCGGCGGGUCGGGGUACCAGCUCAGGCGCCGCUUCAACGGGACUAGAUGCAAGGGCUCCCGAGAAGACCUGUCGGAUCCGUCUUGCUACGCGCAUUCCGUCGAGUACGACCUCCUGAACAACACCAUCCGCCCCCUCCGUUUCAUCUCCGACACGUGGUGCUCCUCCGGGACGAUUCUCAGCAACGGGACCAUCAUGCAGACCGGCGGGUACCGCGACGGGUCCAAGCGGAUCCAGUUUUUUUCCCCGUGUGUUGACAGGAUGUGUAAUUGGCGGCCUGGGAGAAAGCAUUUGGCUGACGAGAGAUGGUACGCUUCUAAUCAGAUCCUCCCGGGGAAAAACGACAGAGUUAUUAUAGUAGGUGGGAAAAGAGCUUUCACGUUUGAAUUCGUACCAAGAUUCCCGAACAUGCCGAAAUCCACGGACCUUCCGUUUCUUCACCAGACCUACGAAAGAAAUUCCGGCGGGAACAAUCUUUAUCCUUUUCUCCAUCUUUCUUCCGACGGGUAUCUCUUCAUUUUCGCCAACCGUGAUUCUAUUCUGUUCAACUAUAGAAAAAACAAAGUGGUGAAGAAGUUCCCACGGAUGCCCGGGGAGGGCUCCCGGAGCUAUCCGAGCACCGGGUCGUCCGUUAUUCUCCCGUUGGACCACAAAAACCGUUUCCAGAGAGUGGAGGUGAUGAUAUGCGGCGGGGCGACCGCGGGGGCGUAUGCAGAGGCGAAACAGGGGAGAUACGUGGAAGGGCAGAAGAGCUGCGGGAGAAUGGUGAUUACUGGGAACAAACAUAAGUGGAACAUGGAGAACAUGCCCGGGCCGAGGCUGAUGAACGACAUGGUGAUUCUCCCGACCGGGCAGAUUCUAAUCAUUAACGGCGUCAAGCGGGGCUGCGCGGGCUGGGGAAACGGGGCCAGCCCUGCUUUCGAGCCCUACAUUUACAGCCCGGGAAAAACCGUCGGGAAACGCUUCUCCGUCCUCAGGGCGACCAAAAUCGCGCGGAUGUAUCACUCCACCGCGACGCUCCUCCCCGACGGGCGCGUUUUAGUCGCCGGGAGCAACCCCAACGACGGCUACUUUUUCACCAACGUUCCCCACCCGACCGAGCUCCGAUUGCAGGCCUUCGUGCCCGACUACAUGGACAGGCAAUACGACAACCAGAGACCCAAAAACGUGACGGUUUCCGUCGACGGGUCCCCCGGCGCCGUGGUCACCUACGGGAAGCCAUUUCGGGUGCGUUUCUGGCUAGACAAGAAGAGGCCGAGCAACGACUUGGAUUUCAGUGCGUACUCGCCUCCAUUUACUACGCAUUCAAUAGCCAUGAACCAAAGAAUGCUGAAGCUCAAGUGCAGAAGUAUGGAAAGGGGUGAUAAUGGAAUGGUGAAUGCUGUGGUGGAGGCUCCGCCGUCGCCGAUGGUUGCGCCGGCGGGGUAUUAUAUGCUCACCGUUGUGCACGGGGGAAUUCCCAGCAUUUCCCAUUGGGUUAAGUUCAUGAAUGCUGCGUCAUUCUAA